AUGUUCCUCUUUUACUUGAUCAAGUUUGUAUGGCGCAGGUUGGGUCGCCUACUAGUCCCACUACGUCUACGAAUAGCUCGUAUUCUGUAUCGAAAUCCUGAUUUCAAACGUUCAGUCACAAAGCUUGACCCAUGGACUGUUCUCAAGGGUUCGACCGUCGCUACCCAAGAAGCCGAGGCCAUGAUUUUUGUUCGAAAACAUACAUCUAUCCCUAUCCCAACUCUCCUGGAUGUUUGGGAACUCAAGGAUGCGUCUUAUGGGUUUAUUCGCAUAUCUAUGUGCAGAGGAGUGCAGCUGGACGAGGCCUGGCCAAACAUGACGGACAGCUCACGAUCUCGCACCGUCAAUGAGCUCAAGGCUUACAUGCAGGAGCUCAGAGGACUUCAACAACCGGCCCCACAUGGGUGGGUGGGUUCAACAAAUAGGCGAUCCGUCUACUGCCCACGAAUCUCUAUGAUGGGUCCCAGAGGUCCUUGGAAUUCUGGAAAGGAGUUUCACUCGUAUUUGUUGGAAUGCUUGGAGCAGUAUCGAAAAGCUGAAGAGCUUAAGCAAAAAUUUGCGAGGGUUCUGAGCUACAAUCACGACAUUGUCUACUCGCACGCAGACCUGUCAUUCGAAAACAUCCUUGUGGACCAAAACACCGGGAAGGUCACUGCCAUCCUUGACUGGUCAAUGGCAGGCUGGUGGCCAGAGUAUUGGGAAUACCGCAAAGCAAUGUAUGGGAGUCGACCGGGGAAGAAAUGGUGGGUAGACCUGGUAAAGACCAUUAUGGCACCAUGGAAGGAUGAAUUUUCCCUCGAUUCUGAGCUGCAGGUGUUUUGA